UUUACAACAUGAUUUUCUUUUAAUUCGCCUAACAAAGAUAAGCAAGUAAUCUGGGCACAGCAUUUUAAUAAUUUCGUGAAUUUCGUCAGAAAGACAAACCAGCGCCAGAAGUUCAAUUGUAUCGAGGAUGGAUUUUAGCAACGACACAACAAUUAAGCCGGUACGCAAGAUUCUCAUUGCGGCCACGGGCAGCGUAGCCACCAUUAAAUUACCAGAACUGAUUGCCGAAUUAAACAAUGAAUGCCAUCCGUUCAAAUUUGAAGUGAAAAUUAUGAUAACUGAGCAUACAAAGCACUUCUUUGAAUUAGAGCUAAUACCCGAAAAUGUGCCUGUUUUGCACAAUCGUGACGAGUGGAUUAGCUGGAAUAAACGCGGCGAUCCCGUCCUACACAUUGAGCUGGCUAAAUGGGCGGAUUUGCUCGUGAUUGCUCCAUUGAGUGCAAACUCGUUGGCCAAAAUUGCCACCGGCCACUGCGACAACCUCGUCACAUGUGUGGUGCGCGCUUGGAACUUACGAAAGCCAUUACUUUUUGCUCCGGCUAUGAAUACUCGCAUGUAUGAUCAUCCUAUAACGCGUGAGCAUAUUGACACUUUGGUUUCGUGGGGUUAUAAGGAGAUACCAGUCAUUUGCAAGACCCUAAUGUGCGGCGAUACCGGCAAUGGAGCUAUGGCUCAAGUUUCGACAAUUGUAUCAGCAGUUGUGGCAUCUUGCGGAACAACCGACGUAAUUCCAGACAUUAAUUAAAUGUAUAUAUGUAUGUUAGAUAA